AUGCUUACUGAGCCACCGCCAAAGAAUGCUUGGACUCCUGUCAGUGGCCAUACACAAAGUUAUUCCUCAUCAUCCGCAUCAUUAUCAGCUAGAAUUAAAGGUGAAUUUGAAUCACAACAUCAGCAAUGGUCCCUGGUUAAAGCAGAAUCUCCACAUGGCGGUCUAAGAGAUACAUAUUCAACACUUGCCGGCCCAUCCAGUCUGUUUUCACAUCAUUCAAAUCGUUUUGGAGGUACUGCUGGCACUGGACAAAUUCAAUUAUGGCAAUUUUUAUUAGAAUUAUUAGCUGAACCAACAAAUACUAGUAUCAUCUCUUGGGAAGGACAAAAUGGUGAAUUUAAACUAAUUGAUCCGGAUGAAGUAGCAAGAAGAUGGGGUGAACGAAAAUCAAAACCAAAUAUGAACUAUGAUAAACUCUCACGUGCACUACGUUACUAUUACGAUAAAAACAUUAUGACAAAAGUACAUGGUAAACGUUAUGCAUAUAAAUUUGAUUUUAACGGUUUACAUCAGUUGAAUCAACCAGCUGUACCAGAAUCAGCCUAUAAUAAAUAUCAACAAGACUUUUUGAUGCGAAAUUAUGCAUUUGGCUAUGCCGCUCAUCAUACAGCUCAUCAAAAAUUGACAGCUGUUGCCGGUUUAAGUCCAACAAUGUCAGCAGCGGGAGCCACAAAUGUUGCUCUUGCUUCACCAUAUUCAAAUUAUUGGACUCCAAGUAGUUAUGAUUAUAAUUUUAGUGCAUCAAAUCCCUAUUUACAUGGAACAUAUUGGGCUUCAAAUCCUGUAUCAAAUUCGUCGACAUUUAAUGUACCACAAACAUCGUUACCUUACUAA